AUGCCUGUGUCUGAGACCCUGGCCAAGGAGGUCCUCACCGCCCCGGGCCAGGAGGUGUCGCUGAUCAACACCAACGAGCGCGAGACCAAGGGCAAGACCUACUACGAGUUCGAGUUCACCGCGAAGAACAGCCGCUACACGCGCCACAGCGUCGCCGUCGUCACCGCGGACCGCGGCAUCUUCUACACGCUCACCACCGGGGCCAACGAGCGCCGCUGGGGCAAGAUGGGGGACAAGCUCAAAACCACCGUGCGCAGCUUCCAGCUUGUGAACUGA